GGCGCGCAGCAGGUCAGGGCUAGGCUGCGCCGGGUUCGUGGUGGGGCUGAGGCGGCGGGGGCGGGGGCGGCGGCGGGGGGGGCUACGGCUGGAGGAGCCGGGCCGGAGCCCGCCGCGGAAGCCGUGGCUUGUACUGCGAGGGUGGCGGGGAGGGGCGGGGGAGGAAGAUGGCGACGUCGGGGGCGAACGGGCCUGGCUCGGCCACAACUUCAGCUUCCAAUCCGCGCAAAUUUAGUGAGAAGAUCGCGCUGCAGAAGCAGCGUCAGGCCGAGGAGACGGCGGCCUUCGAGGAGGUGAUGAUGGACAUCGGCUCCACCCGGUUGCAGGCCCAAAAACUACGGCUGGCAUACACAAGGAGCUCCCAUUAUGGUGGUUCUCUACCCGAUGUCAACCAGAUUGGCUGCAGCCUGGCUGAGUUCCAGAGCCCCCUCCACUCACCUUUAGAUUCAUCAAGGAGCACGAGGCACCAUGGGCUGGUGGAACGGGUGCAACGAGAUGCCCGCAGAAUGGUGUCCCCUCUCCGCCGUUACCCCCGCCAUAUUGACAGCUCUCCUUAUAGUCCUGCUUAUUUAUCUCCUCCCCCAGAGUCCAGCUGGAGAAGGAUGGUGCCCUGGGGGAAUUUCUCUGCAGAGAAGGGGCAGUUGUUUCGACUACCGUCUGCACUUAACAGGACAAGCUCUGACUCUGCCCUUCACACAAGCGUGAUGAACCCCAGUCCCCAGGACACUUAUCCAGUCCCCACACCUCCCAGCAUCCUGCCUAGCCGACGUGGGGGUUUUCUGGAUGGUGAAAUGGACUCCAAAGUCCCUGCUAUUGAGGAGAACUUGCUAGAUGACAAGCAUUUGCUGAAACCAUGGGAUGCUAAGAAGCUGUCAUCAUCUUCCUCCCGACCUCGGUCCUGUGAAGUCCCUGGAAUUAACAUCUUUCCGUCUCCUGACCAGCCUGCCAGUGUGCCUGUCCUCCCACCUGCUAUGAACACGGGGGGCUCCCUACCUGACCUCACCAAUCUGCACUUUCCCCCACCGCUGCCCACUCCCCUGGAUCCCGAAGAGACAGCUUACCCUAGCUUGAGUGGGGGCAACAGUACGUCCAAUUUGACCCACACCAUGACCCACCUGGGCAUCAGUGGAGGCCUGGGCCUGGGCCCGGGCUAUGAUGUACCAGGACUUCACUCACCUCUCAGCCACCCAUCCCUGCAGUCCUCCCUAAGCAAUCCUAAUCUCCAGGCUUCUCUGAGCAGUCCCCAGCCCCAGCUCCAGGGCUCCCACAGCCAUCCCUCACUACCAGCCUCCUCCUUGGCCCGCCAUGCACUGCCCACUACUUCCCUGGGCCAUCCCUCACUCAGUGCCCCUGCCCUUUCCUCCUCCUCCUCCUCUACUUCAUCCCCUGUUCUGGGUGCCCUCCCUUACCCAGCUUCUACCCCUGGGGCCUCUCCCCGCCACCGCCGUGUGCCCCUCAGCCCCCUGAGUUUGCCUGUGGGCCCAGCCGACGCCAGAAGGUCCCAACAGCAGCUGCCCAAACAGUUUUCGCCAACAAUGUCACCCACCUUGUCUUCCAUCACUCAGGGCGUCCCCCUGGACACCAGUAAACUGCCCACUGACCAGCGGCUGCCCCCAUACCCUUAUACCCCCCCAAGUCUGGUUCUGCCCACCCAGCCACCCACCCCAAAGCCUCUACAGCAGCCAGGGCUGCCCUCUCAGGCCUGCUCAGUGCAGCCCUCAGGUGGCCAGCCCCCAGGCAGACAGCUGCACUACGCAACACUAUACACACCUGGGCCCAGUGGGCACAGGCAGCAGUCUUACCACCGACCAAUGAAUGACUUCAGCCUGGGGAACCUGGAGCAGUUCAGCAUGGAGAGCCCAUCAGCCAGCCUGGCACUGGAUCCCUCUGGCUUUUCUGAAGGGCCUGGAUUUUCAGGGGGAGAAAGGCCAGUAGGUGGCCCCCAGGAUUCCCACACUCUCAACCACGAGAACUUGACCCAUUGUUCCCGCCAUGGCUCAGAGCCUAACAUCAUCCUCACAGAAGACUCUUCUCCAGGUUUCUCUAAGGAGAUUGCAGCAGCCCUGGCCGGAGUGCCUGGCUUUGAGGUGUCCACAGCUGGGUUGGAACUGGGACUGGGGCUAGAAGAUGAGCUACACAUGGAGCCACUGGGCCUAGAAGGGCUCAACAUGCUGAGUGACCCCUGCGCCCUGCUGCCCGACCCUGCAGUAGAGGAUUCAUUCCGCAGUGACCGGCUCCAGUGAGGGACAUCGUCAACAUCCCUUUUUUUGGCCCUGUCCCCUAUCAUGGUCCCUUCCCUCCCUUCCCCCUGGCCAGUAGAGACUCUACUCUCUGCCCCCAGAUCCUCUUUCUAGCAUGAAUGAAGAAUUCCAAGAAUGAGAAAAAGCCACGGGUUUGUCCAGGUUUCUUCUGUAUUCUGCACAAGGGGUAGGCCUGGGGGAGCUCAAGGGAGGGACUAAAGCCUUUGUAACUUUGAACCAUCUGUAUGGAGGUCAGAGCCUGUUGGAGAGCAGGGGGUAGAGGGGGGCCCUGGAGGUAGGGCUUGUCCAGAUGCCUAGGGGUGAGCAGUGCACCAGCCCCUCCUCACCACUCUUCCCCUUGCAGUUGGAGGAGAGAGCCAGAGUGGAUGUUAUUUUUUAUUAAUUAUAUUAUAUGUUAAUAAAAAAAUCUUAUCAAA